AUGGCGACCGAGCGUGAACUACAAGUGGCCUGUCUGUGGGGACUUCAGAACAUUGCGUUCCGCGAAUUACAGGAGGAGAUCAUGUAUGAAAGUCAGUUUUCCUUGAAGUGUAUCAAGCUGAUGGAAUAUAGAAACCUAUCGCCUGGCACCCAGGUCAAUUAUUCGCUUCUUGAAGAUGUCUUGGUUAUCAAAGGCUGCUUUGAUGAUGAUACAGAAGCCGCCGUGGUGGCAUGCAUCAAAAACUAUGUCAAGAAACACAUGCACCACAACCUACCCGAUGCGCAGUCACGAAUCCGUCAGAUCGUCAGUAUUGACGUUGGGGCCGCCUUGGGUAGCCGAGAGGGUCUGAAGUAUGUCAAACCAUCAUCGUCGCUCAUCAAAGAGGCCGAGGUCCGGGACGAUGGUGCCUCGACUCCCGUGGCCACUGUUGCUCCCAUUCAAGUCUCCCGGGCAUGGAUACCAGCUCGUAUCAGAGUCGAUUACUUUCGAAAAGAUCCACACAGCAUUCUUGAUCGAGUAGCUGCGGCCACCAGUACGAACAUCAGUCUUGACCACUCUGGUUCUAAGGGCAUCACCAUUCGUGUGUCUGCGGAUGUUCCCGAAAAGGUCGACGAUGCAAUGGAAAAGCUCGGGAAGCUGGACCCUCUUCUGGCACUUAUCAAUACCCCUCAUCGAGCCUUUGCAAGUUACGUCCCCGAUACAUUUGGCCUGCGCUUCGGUAUCCUUGAACUCGAGAAGCUGAACGACAUCGCACCACGACGCAUCCUCGUGGAUCCAAAAUCGCAAAUCAAAUACAGUAUUCCCGGAUUCUUGGUCCCGGUCUCCUGUCGCAUCGAUCCCGGUACCAGUACAUUCCGCAUCUCCGAGCACCUUCGCAAUCCUACCGGAAUCGAGACUGCGGUGCUCGGUGGAAAUCGCCAGACUAUAAGAUGUUGGUCAGGAUUCACUUACCCGGCAGUUGGCAAGCCUGGCGAGAAUAGGGGUGCGCAAUACUCAGGGCUCGUCGUUGUUAAUCAGCCGGCCCUGCCCGGUGCUGAGCGUUCCGCUGCUGUGAAAUCUCAAGCUCGUGCAUCCGCCUCAGUGAAACAGGGACAGGAAGCUGACACUAAGGUUACCCCCGCUAGGCCUUCAAAAAGCCCGUUGGAGACCACAGGGUCUGAAAGGACAGCGAGAGUCGGUCGGCCUCCCCUGGCAUCUCGAUCUGUGUCUUCUUCUUUACCUUCAACCAAGCUAUCAGGGGUCAAGACACGCAGGCCAGUCUUACCUGAUGGCACAGUGCCCUUGACGAAGGCUAGAGCGCCUACACGUUCCACUACUCCCGCGGAUUCUAAGAAGUCUACUCAGUCUGAGUCCCAGGGCUCUGACGCUCAGAAAAAGGUCCAGUCCGAGGUGUUCGGGCCAGGAAAGCGUCGACCUAGCCUUGUAUUUGCGAAGGAGGUUCUGGAAGAAAUCCUGAAUUCAACCGAAGAGGUGGAGAAACCUCAAAGCUCACCAGAGAGACGACUGAGCACCGGUUCUUCCUCUGUUUCGAGUUCCAAAUUCAAGGUCGCAACGCAGUCAGCGAUUUCAUCUGCCCAGCCUGUCACUCAGACUAACCACCCCUGCAAGCUCGCAUUUUGA